AUGUUAAUCAAUCGCUGUUAUUAUCCUGAAACUCGUAAAGCAAUCGAUCACUAUAGUUAUGCUCUGAAUGAAGAAAUAGGAAGGGGAUUUAGUAGCAAAGUAUAUAGAGGGAGAGAUGAGAAUAGUUAAAUGACAGUGGCUGUUAAAGUAUGAUAUUAAUUUGUAAGACAAGGUAAUUGAUAUGAAGAUGGUUAAACAGAGCAUUCAUGCUACAUUACUAAAGAAUGAAAUAAAUGCUCUGAAAUCAUUUAACUCAAAGAACAUACUAAAAUUGUAUGAUGUUUUUUAAACACAGAAUAAUACAUACAUCAUAACAGAGUAUUGCGAUUCUGGAGAUUUGAGUGGAGUGAUAAAAAAGAGAGGAAGAAUUGAUGAACCAGAAGCAUUGCGAAUCAUGAAUGAUAUAAUCACAGGAUUAUUAGAAAUAAAUUAAAAAGGUUACAUUCAUAGAGACAUAAAGCCAGCAAAUAUAUUGAUAGAGAAAUAGACUCCAAAAAUAGCAGAUUUUGGUUUUGCUGUAUAAAUAAACAGUAUGGAAGUGAAACAAUAAGGAAGACAUUAUAAUGUAGGGACUCCAUUAUACAUGUCUCCUUAGGCCUUAAGAUAAUAAGGUCAUACAGAAAAAGGAGAUGUUUGGGCUAUGGGAGUAAUGUUUUUUGAAAUGUUAUUUGGAUAAACUCCAUAUACAGCUUAAACAGAAUAAGGAUUGCUAACAGCAAUAUUGCAUCAUCAUCUUGUUAUACCUUCUCAUCCUUAAAUUUCAGAUGCUUCAAAAGAUUUCAUUCGUAGAUGUCUUUGUAUAGAUGAGAAUCAGAGAAUGAGAGUCAAAGAUAUGUCCACUCAUGCCAUAUAUUCACAAUUCUCUUAACCUGUUUAUAAACCUAUUCCAUUAUAAACUUAAUAAUCAUCCAAUAUACCAACACCUGCAACCCGAACUCCAAUAAUAAAUAAGGAUAGAUCUUAGAGUUAAGGAGUCAGAGAUUUCUAAUCCAGACCUAAAUGUCAGGUAUUCCUUGCAUAAUAAUUUAAGACAUAAAUUCAUAAUGAUAGUAAAGUAAGUAAGAGAUGUCCUUCAGAGAUGUAUCAUCUACCAAAUCCACCUACUACUGUUAUUGAACCUCCUACUUCUGAUCCUAUGAGAUCUAAAAGUCAAAAAAAAAUUACUGAAUCACGAAAGACCAUAACUCAAGAUAACUAAUUCGAAAAAAGAAGUUUUAAAAAAAAUAAUACUGUUCUUUAAGAGUAUUCUAUAAUAUUAUAUUUAGACGAUCUCUUAAUGUCCAAACUCAACCCUCUUAAAAUACAACACCUGUUUAAUCACCUAUUAAAUUCAAAUCAAAUAACGAUAUUUUAUUUGCCUAAAUUAAUUACUGUAGAUUUCUAUACAAAUUCUCUUAAUAAAUCAUUAAUUCAAGGUAAAUUAAUUUAUCAAAUGGUUUAAAAGAGAAAUUGUUAUUUUUAAUGGCUAAGAACAUUGCCAUGAAAAUCUCUAAACUUCAUACCAUUAUUGAUAAAGAGAAUUCUAAAGAUAAUACCUUCUAACUUGAAGAUUUCGAUGUGUAUAGAAAGGCUGAAUCCUUUUAAAAGUUUAGUUAAGCUAUUGCAGAAUAUAACGAAAACUAUAAAAGAUAUUUUGAUAAAACUUAUUAAAUGAUAGUUAACAAAAGUAAUAUUUUUUUAACUUAUUUACAAAGAUCUUCCUCAAGAUAAAAAGUUUGAAGCUUUAUUUGAUAAAGAUUUGAGUGAAUUCGAAAGUUUCUAUUUUAUAACUUAAUCAUAUCUUAGGUAGGCUUUGUAAGAAUUAAAGAAUGAGUUUCCAAACUCUAAUUCUGAUUCAGAUACCUUUCUACCAGAAGAGGUAAAUAUUUUUCAUAUUAUAAAUAGUUUAAUUUCAAUUAUUUUAUGAGUCAGUAAUUAUGCAAUUAUUUACUAAUUUGUCACUGUACUCUCUAAAAUAUGAAUGAUUAUAAGAAAUUCUCUAAGACAUUAAAAAUUGAUUAGAUGGUUGAUUAGAAAUAAAAUAGAUGCACUUAUAGACAAGUUGAAGAUCUAAGAAAUAAAAUAUAAGAAUUAGUUUCUAAGUGA